AUGGCUGCUCUGCCUCCCAUGACCUCCACACCGCCUGUUGGGUGCUCCAUGCAGGCAUCGCUUGUGCCUGCACCAUUCCAAGCUGUUUCGCAGGCGAAUCCAGUGGCGGCUCAUUCCUGGCCUGCAAGCCAAUGGCCUGCGGGCAACGGAACGAGGGGUGGCAUGGGAGGUGACGGCAGAGGGGAUGCGGGUGUAGCAGACAGCAUGAAUGGUGAUGCCGGUGGGGACGCUGUAGAGGAAUGCUUGCAGGCCAUGCAGGCCAUGUCCAUCGACCCAUCCGAUUCCUCUACUCGAGUUUCUCAGCCAUCCAAGUGGAGCAGCUUGGCGAAGGGUGCAGCAGGCAGAGCUGAUUACCAGUUGACGGGUGACUGCAGCAAUUUCCUAGGGAGCGGCAGCAUGCCUUCUUCCUUGCACCUGCAGCGCCCCUCUUCUGACUAUAGCUCCUUAUCAGCCGCGCCCUCGGUGCCCCACCAGCAAGCAGUACGACAUGUACCAACCAAUCAGCAACAGCCGUCUUAUCCUAUGGACGCAUACCCGCGUCUAUCGCCUCCGUUCUUCUGGCAUGAGGCUGAACACAACAUGACGAUUGGCGAUGUGAAAGAGAAUGAGGGGGAGAGUGCAGGAAAAGCACGUGCUUAUGAGGAACCAUGUGGUGUGGGUUGCUGGUCGGCUGGCAAAGCAAGCAGCGGUCCAACGGCAGGGAGUGAAUGCAACGAGGGCGGGGAAACAGACGACACUGAAAUUUCUCCAGACACCCCCAAGGAGCAUGACUCUUCAUCUGCUGCACAGCCCUCACACCCCUCACAGCCCUCUCAGCGGCAGUCUCCUCUUCGGAACAGAGCCCCGUCCCGCCUCAAGCCGUGUGACUCUGUGCACGUUCAUCUCUCUCUCUCCCUCCAGAUUCCCUCCCCACGCGCCUCCUCUCGCCUCUUCAGGAAGCCUCCACGUGCCCGCAGAUCCCCGGGCCUCAGUCCCACGCAAAAGCAGCUGCUUGCAGGGGAGGCUGCACACAGCAUGGGGCUCAGAAGCCCGUCUUCUCCCCGCUGUGCUGCCACUUCUCCGCGUCUGCGCUCCUGCCGCACUUCCUUCCCCCCCUGCAUCCCCCGCUGCAGCCCCACGUUUUCUUUUCUCCCGGAUUCGUUGUCCCCGCUUCACUCCCCUCUGGUCCUCUCCCCCACUGUUGCCGUGCACAUCUCGCAUCCCUCAUCCCCAGUUGGACCCUGUUCCCCCCGCUGCUUUUUGCAAGGCACCAGCCCAACAAGAAACGGGGAGAAUGUGAAGUGCAGUAUGGGCAAUGGUAGGGGUGGAGGAGAGGACAGGCUAAAAGAGGCAGGUGGGUUGGAGAAGGAAGGAAAUGCUCGCACUGGAGUGGGUGCAAAUGACGAGUAUCUGGUGAAGCGGCCCGCCAAGCCGUCGGCCGCGGAGUCGGUGCAGUGCGAAUGCCACAAGGGCGCGGGGGGGCGCGCGCGGGAGAGCAUCACGGGCAGGGGGUGGAAGCGACUGGUGGUGGCGGAGGAGGAGGAGGAGGAGGAUGAGGAUGAGGGGGAAGAGGAAGGGAGUGAUGAUGCGAGCUCGGAUGAUGAUUUGGAAAGGGGAGAGGCAGCAGAAGAGAGCGAGGAGGAGGAGGAGGAGGGGGAGGAGGAGGAGGAUUUAGAAUCGGAGGAAGAGGAGGAGGCGGAGGAGGCGGAGGAUGAGGAGGAUGGGGAGUGGCAGGGAGGCAAAAGGAAGGCGGGCGCGCAUGUUGCACGUGAGUUGCAGCAAGCACUGCGGGUGCGGGUCGUCGUGUCAGAACGCGCCCUUCCACCGCCGCCCCUCGCGCAAAGUCAAGCUCUGCAGGGUGCGUCUCGCUGCCUCCCCGCCUCCCUUCAACCGUCUCUGCACGCCGCUCCCCUCAUCCAUCACUGCUCGCUGCUCCGCUUAGCCCACUCCGCCAUUGCUUGCCCCAUGGCUGUCCAUCUCCUCUCUGCUCACACACACCCAUCUGCCCCCCGCCCACCCGCCCUUCUUCUCCCUCGCAUUUUCCCCUCUUAUGCCCCGCGUUUCCCGCUCUUAUGUCCCGCUUUUCCCGUUUUCGUAUCCCGCACAGUCCCCCCUUAUCCCCCUGCAUUUCCCCUGCUCAUAUCCCACGCACACCUCCCCUGGGCGCACAGACGGAUAAGUGUGACGGACAAGUGUGGGUGGGGCCUGAAGGCGAACGAGGACCUGCCUGCGGGCUGCUAUGUAAUGGAGUACGUGGGGCAAGUGAUAGACGACGCCACGUGCGAGCAGCGCCUGUGGGACAUGAAGGCUGCUGGUGAAACCGACUUCUACCUCUGCGAGGUGAGCAGUGACAUGAUCAUAGAUGCGCGCUACAAGGGCAACCUCUCGCGCUUCAUCAACCACUCCUGCAACCCCAACUGCGAGCUGCAGAAGUGGCAGAUGGACGGGGAGGUGCGCAUAGGCGUGUGCACGCUGCGCGCAGUCAGCAAGGGGCAGUUCCUCACAUACGACUACCAGUUCAUAGGGUUCGAGCUACAACCCAAGGAGUGCCACUGCGGGGAGCCCAACUGCCGCGGCCUCCUCGCCACCCGCACCAUCUCCCCCUUCACCCUCCCUCUCCCCUUCCCCUCCCCCGCCCUCCCCGCUCCCCCCCUUCCGCCUGCCACCGUCCCCACAUCUGCCACCCCACCGCAUGCAGGGGGGACCUUCCCCCCUGGCGCUGCGCAGGGGAAGGGGAAGCGCGGAGGCAGAGGGGAGAAAGGGGACGGCGGGAGCAGCAGAGGCAGCGGCAGAGGGAGAGGGAGAGGGAGGGGGAGAGGGUGGGUGAAGCAGCCGAAGAGGCGGCAUUUGUCAGAGCUGCAUGCGGACGGGCACACUCUGGUGAGCGCUGGUGGUGCGCUUGACAUUGACCGACACAUGGCUGAUGGCUCUCGUGACAGGGCUAAGGGUAUGGCUCUAGAGGCGGAUGAGGAAGAGGAGGAGGAAGUGGAGGAAGAGGGGGACGAAGUGGAGGAGGAAGAGGAGGAGGAAGAGGAGGAAGAGGAGGAAGAGGAGGAAGUGGAGGAGGAAGAGGAGGAGGAAGAGGAGGAAGAGGAGGAAGAGGAGGAGGAAGAGGAGGACGAGGAUGAGGAAGAGGAGGAAGUGGAGGAAGAGGAAGAGGCAGAGGAGGAAGAUGAGCAGCAGUGUGGGGAAAAGCUAUCAGGGGAGGGGCGGCAUGGGAGCAGGCGGCUCAUUCCGGGGCCAGGGUGGGCCCCGGUGCCUCUGCUGCAGGGCGUCAGGCGCAAGCGCCAGGCACGGGGGGGCCGAGGGGGCAUGCGCAGUGACGCGCGCGGCAGCACUGCUGGCGCUGCUGCUGGGGGCAGCACUGCUGUUGGGGUGACCGGUGGGGAGGGCGGCGAGGGGGAGGGAGGUGGCAGAAGGGCGCAGGAGGGAUCGUUUGGAGAGGAGCCACUGGGAGGUGUAAGGUUGUGUGCUGGUGAGGGCGAGAGGGGUGUGGGAGAGGUGAAGAGAGAGUGGGAGGAGGUGAAGGGAGUGGGGGAGGAACUGCAGAGAGUGGGGGUGGAGGUGGGGAAAGGGAGCCUCAUGCGUUAUGGGAGGGAGUAUCAGAGACGGAGGAAGAGGAAUCGGGCGGAGGGGUGUGACGCUGCAGAGGGGCUAGUGGGGGAGAGUUUCUGUGCAGCAUGCACAUGCAGAGGCGCGGAUGGUGCAGGGGGGGUGCACACAGGGGGCGUGCACACAGGGGCAAGGACUCCUGUGGUGAUAGCGCAUGAGCACAUGUGGCGCAUGGCUACGGAUCAAAGGCCAGGAUUGCAGGGUGUGGCGGUGGAGGGAGCGGGACAGACGGUGCCGAGGAGCGGGUGGCAGAAGCAGGCGCUCUCUCUCCUCCCACCUGCCCCUCAUGGCCCCUCGUUGCCAGAUGAUGCAUCUGCCCAUACCCAUGCGCAAGUGCCAUGUCACAUGCAUGCUGCUGCUGCCAUGGCCCCUGACCUCUGCUGUCCCCACCAUGUGGGGCCAAUGCACAUGUGCGCACAUGGCAUGGCAUGCCCAGUAGCAGCAGCACAGGCGUGUGGCGAGGGAGUGGCGGCUGUGAGGGGUGUGACUCCAGAUGAUGUGCCUGAAAGGGGGUCUGCCACUGGUAAUGGCGCGCUGGCAGUGGGUGCACACGUGGACACUGCUGGUUGCACUGAUGGCAAGGGGCUUGGCAUUGCAUCUGCUGCUGCUCCUGGUGCCGCCAGUGGUGCUGCCGCGGGUGGGCAGGGCAGGAGCGAGGGCAUGGCAGGCAGUAGCGCAGCAGCAGGGCCGGGACGAGGGGGCAGUGGCAGCAGCAGGCUCGCAGCAGCCAGAGUGGUGGCAGCCGCAAUGACUCGCGUGGCGAGGGGAGGGCGGGGGGGGCGAGGAGGGAGAGGAGUGGGAGGAGGGAGAGGUGAGAGAGGAGGGAGGGCGAGUGUGGAGUCAUCAGGGAGGGAAGGCGUGACCAUAGGAGGGAGCAAUGACGUGGAGACAGGGGGGGAUGGUGCUGGCGCGAAGGGAGGCGGGAGGGGAGGGAGAGGAGGGCGGGGGAGGGGGCGGAGGGGCGGGGGCGCGUGGUGGGGCGGGGGCGGGGGGCGAGGGGGCGCGGAGGCGGAGGGGGUGCGCGAUGCCAUGCUGGAGCGGCUGAGCCAGGCGCUGGUGGGGCAGCGCGUGCAGCUGUGGUGGCCGCUGGAACAGAGGUUCUUUGCAGGCACUGUCAUGGGCUUCGACCCCCCCACCAUGAAGCACCAUGUGCGGUACGAUGAUGGGGACGAGGAGCACGUGGUGCUGGGGCGCGAGCAGUGGCGGCAGGAGGCCACAAGUCAUUCAAGGACCUCCUCCCCUUUUCCCCCCUCUUCUCCCCUCUCUCCCUCCGCCCCCCCUUCCCCAGGUGCGGUGCGGUACGAUGAUGGGGACGAGGAGCACGUGGUGCUGGGGCGCGAGCAGUGGCAGCUGGAGGCGCACCCACCAGGCAGGGCGGCCAGAGGCGCGCAGGGGGGAAGCAGCACGGGGAGAGGCGCAGGGGAGGGCGCUGGAGGGGGGGCAGAGGGCGAGGGGGAGGGGGAAGGAGCAGGGGAGGAGGCAGGAGGGAGAGGCAGGGAGGUGAAGCGGGGUGUGGGGACGGGCGGAGCUGCUCGUGCUGCUGCGUGCAAGGGCAAGAGGCUUGCGGAUGGUGCGCCCCUGCCGAGCCUAGCUGAUGCGCCGAAGCUGUUUGGUUCGGCGCAGCGGCCAGGUUCGGGGCUGAGUCGGGCAGAGCAGGAGGCACUGGCACGGCAGCAGGCGCUGGUGGGGCGGCGGGUGGAGGUGUGGUGGCCGCUGGAACAGCGGUUCUUCAAGGGGGUCAUUGGCGGCUACGAUGCUUCCACACGCAAGCACAGGGUGGCAUAUGAUGAUGGUGACGUGGAGCACGUAUCUUUGCGUGCGGAGCGGUGGCGCUUUGAGAGACAAACGGUGCCACCCACUGCCUGCUACUCGUUGCCCUUCUCCUGGCGAUCCGAGCCACUGACCCACCGUGCGGUGCGCGACCUGCAGGGCGAGCAGAUCCGCAUCUGGGCGCCGCACCUCCACAGGUUCCGCAACGGCACGGUGGUGUCAGUCGCGCACAGCAAGUUCACCAUCGAGUUUCUGUACGACGAUGGGGAGAUCGCAGUGCUGGACCUCUCACAGUGCCGCUGGGAGCUCGUGGACUCCGACUGA